CAGGCUAGGGGUCUGUAUUACCUCCCCCACCACCCCCACCAACCCAAGCAGACCUCACAAACCAUGUGGAUCCUGAUUAUGAAGUUAUAGAGUUUUCAAACAAUCAAGCUUACAUUAAUGCACCGACAAUAAUGAAUCACGGUAAAGGAAAAGAAGGAAGGAGAUGUGACCUGUGCGGGUCUUCGGCUCCCAGUGUGAGAUGUGAUAAAUGUGCUCAGCAGAACUUCUGCUAUUCCUGUGAUGAUAUGUACCAUCGACAUCCAAAGCGGCAAAGCCACAUAAGAAAGCCGUUGGAGCCGUCGAAAGCAAAUUUCCGUCCCCCCCUACCCCCAAAAGGAGAGAGUUCUUCUGCCCCUGUACCUCCCCCACGACGAAAUAAGAGAAUGAGUCGAACGUCAACCCCUGGACCACCUGAACAGGUAAGUUAUCUUUUUUUUAGUAGGUUAUUCAUUAAUAAAUUGACAAAUUAACACAUAAAUAGACCU